AUGUCUUGUGCUACCUUAAACCUAGCACCUUCUCUCAAACUGCUCCACAACAGCAACAGCUACAACUUUCAACCUUCAAGCAAGCAAUCUUGUUUCUUCGGCAAGUCGUUUUCUUCAGUAACCUUUGUGGGACCCUUGACUUCCAAUUGUAACAAAAGCUUUUGGGAUUCAUGCCAUGCAAUUAAGGGCUUAAGAUCGUUUUCCACCGUGUUCAAAUGCUUUGCUCCGAAAUCAGAGCUGUCAGUUUCAGUUGGUGCUGGGAGCAAUGCUGCUUCUGAUGAGAGGGUGGUUGUGCUGGUUAUUGGUGGAGGGGGAAGAGAACAUGCACUCUGCUAUGCCUUGCAGCGAUCUCGCUCCUGCGAUGCAGUCUUUUGUGCUCCUGGCAAUGCAGGGAUUUCUAACUCUGGAAAUGCCACAUGUAUUCCAGAGCUUGACAUCUCUGAUAGCUCGGCUGUGAUCUCCUUUUGCCGCAAAUGGGGUGUGGGACUGGUUGUGGUGGGACCAGAGGCACCUUUGGUUUCUGGCCUUGCAAAUGAUUUAGUGAAAGCUGGAAUCCCUACUUUUGGGCCAUCAGCAGAAGCUGCUGCUUUAGAAGGUUCAAAGAACUUCAUGAAAAAUUUGUGUGACAAAUAUGAAAUUCCUACUGCUAAGUACCGAACAUUCACAGAUCCAUCUGCUGCAAAGCAAUACAUUCAGGACCAGGGAGCACCGAUUGUCAUAAAAGCAGAUGGCUUGGCUGCUGGAAAGGGAGUUAUUGUUGCCAUUACACUGGAGGAGGCAUACAAAGCUGUUGAUUCAAUGCUUGUGAAGAGUGUUUUUGGUUCUGCAGGUUGUCGCGUCGUUGUUGAAGAAUUUCUGGAAGGAGAAGAAGCAUCUUUUUUUGCCCUGGUGGAUGGAGAGAAUGCUAUUCCUCUAGAAUCUGCUCAGGACCAUAAAAGAGUUGGUGAUGGAGAUACAGGCCCCAAUACUGGUGGGAUGGGGGCAUACUCUCCAGCACCAGUAUUGACAAAAGAACUUCAGUCAGUGGUCAUGGAAACUAUAAUUCUCCCAACGGUGAAGGGAAUGGCAGCAGAGGGUUGCAAGUUUGUAGGGGUUUUGUAUGCUGGGUUGAUGAUUGAGAAGAACUCUGGCUUACCUAAGCUAAUUGAGUACAAUGUACGCUUUGGCGAUCCUGAGUGUCAGCUUGCUGUUCUGGUAAUCACAAUUCUGUGCAAAGCUGCUGUUACAUAUCUGAUUGUCACUGCUGCAUGUAUUGAUAACCGCAUCUUGAUGAGGAAUAGUUUCGGCCAGAAUAUUACUCUGUUUGUGGCAUUGUUGGGUCAAGUUGAAGACUUUGUCCAAAUUAUUAAUAAACAGGAUGAUAUAAUUCAGAAUUCUUAUGGUUUCUUCACUCCAAAUUAUGACUGUUUGGAUAAACUAAAGCAAUAUCCAGUUGGUUUAUCUAUCGGCUAUGAUGAGUGGGGAGAUCUAGCACAAGUUCUACUUGCAGCUAGUAGAGGAGAGCUAAGUGGAGUAUCCCUGAAAUGGUCUCCAGGGUCUGCCAUGGUGGUUGUUAUGGCAAGCAAGGGGUACCCUGGGUCCUAUGAAAAGGGGACUAUGAUUCGAAACCUAGAAGAGGCUGAGAAUGUUGCUCCAACAGUCAAGAUAUUCCAUGCUGGAACAGCUGUGGACUCAGAUGGCAACUUAAUUGCUACUGGGGGACGAGUUCUUGGGGUCACUGCCACCGGAAGAGAUCUUGAAGAGGCACGGGACCGAGCUUAUCAAGCAGUUGAGGAAGUCAACUGGCCAGGAGGGUUCUACCGGCGAGAUAUUGGGUGGAGAGCGCUUCCCCAGAAACAUGUGGCUCCAAAAAAUAAACUGACGUCAACAAAAUGA